AGGCGAUGUAUUUCAACGUAUGGAUGCAUGAUGGAUGUUGAAUUCGACGACGUUGGUGAAACCUGCAAGCAUGACUGAAAGAGUUUGGUUUCUCUUGCUGCUGUUGAGCUCAGUCUCUCAGGUCGUUGACUCGGGGGUCUGCAUCUCUCCUCAGGCUUCCUGGGCUCCUUACUGUCAGCCCUCGUAUCAAGUGACGUCUCACCCCUUCCCCUCCUCUCGUGACUGCCGCAGGUUUACGCUCUCUACGAAAGCGCUCGGACGGACGUGAACUACUGGCUGCAGCUGGACCAGCAGGCUCAAGCUCAGGCCACGCAAUGGAAGAACACGUUAGGAUGUGACGACAGUGCGAUCACAGGCAAGAGCUGGUGCAAGAACUAUGCCUGCGCUCUCAGCUUCCCCAAGUGCGACACGACCAACAUCGUUCCUCUUCCGGUCUGCAGGCAAACGUGCAAAGACUGCUUCCGGACAUGCUCGCCUGAUCGCUCUAUCUUGCCGCCCUCCAUGUACGCGUCGAAGAGCGCGUCGACAUGGACAGCAGCAUACUCGGGCAUCGAGUACGACCUUUGGUCGAAAGCUUACAUCUGCGAGGCCGACAACAAACUAGCUGACGGAGGACGUUCGGGCUUGCUCUACUUCGGCGCGCCGUGCACAGGCUCAGCUGCCUCCUCGCAGUUCAGCUUCCUCCUGGUCGCUCUCCUGCCACUGCUGACGCUCGCAAGAUCCUCGUGAAGAAAGGCUGAAAGUUUACAGCUGGAAGUGUACUGGCUUUAGAGAU